ACCUUCCAAUUUAUUGCAUCCCACUAAGAGCUUUCACUCUUCAGCUACACCUCUCCUCUUUUCUGAAUUCCUCAGAUAAAAAUCUUAAAGAGAACUUGAUGUCCCUCAAGGAGAUUUGUAACGGUUUGCGUUGCUGGUUUGACAAAUUUCGAGGAGCACCAAAUCCGAGACAAAUGGACAGCGAAAGAAGACCAGAAGAUACUUAUACAUCACCAACCAAGAAAGAAACCACCAGAAGUACUGAAAAUUAUUCGGCAUCGACUACAUCCAAUAAUGCGCUGACCAUGGCUUUACUCGGAAACACUGGCAACGGCGUGAGCGCCACUGGCAAUAGCAUCCUUAAAAUGCCUGCCUUCGAAUCAAAGCGCAGCUCUGGUUCAGUUACAUCCACUUCUGAAAUGAAGGAUGCUGUUGUAGAUGGCAAACUUGUGAAAGUUAUCGACACUCCUGGGCUUUUUAACUUUCUACUUAGAGCUGAUUUCGUGGUCAAAGAGAUUGUAAAGUGCAUUGAAUCGGCAAAGGAUGGAAUCCAUGCAGUUGUGGUGGUUUUAUCAGUGAGGUCCCCUUACUCAAAAGAGGAAGUAACUGCAAUUCAAGGCCUGAAGAUUCUUUUUGGAGAUAAAAUUUCUGACUACCUGAUCUUUGUUUUCACUGGUGGGGAUGAACUUGAAGAUGAUCAGACAUUGGAUGAUUAUUUGGAGGAUGAGUGCCCUCAACCUUUAAAGGAGUUUCUCAAAUCCUAUAGAGAUCGGACUGUGCUCUUUGACAACAAGACAAAGAAUGAUGAAAAGAAAGAUAAUCAAGUCAAGCAAUUUCUCUCCAUUGUAGACACGGUUGUGGCCAAAAAUGGUGGAAAACCAUACAAAAAUGAAUUUUUUGUUCAAUUGCAUGAGCGGACAGACAAAACAUAUGAGGAACGGCUCAAAGAAGUAAGAGAUAAGGUGGCAUCAAAGCUUAAACAAACAAUUUCUAAGCUACAACAACAGCUAGCAGAAGAGAAAUCUGACCCGGAGCUUGCCAGGGAGACAAAGGCACUUCGUAUGAAGCUCAAGGACUGUGCUAUUUUAUGAGGGAACCUUUCAUGCUUCUAUGUCCUUCUGAAUUCUAAUAUCCCCCAGAUAAACUGUCUUGGAAUUCUGUCUGAUCCGUUGAGAAGGGAGAGGGAGUUGUUUUGUGGCAUUUGCUGAACUAGUUGAUCUUGUCUCUGGGGUAGUUUGAUUCUUUUCGUCUUCUGCUGGUGUGUUUGUUUACUAAAUGCUUACUUCGCCAAAUGGUGGCCAUUGGCCACCUAACUUUUAUCUUCCGGAACAUAUACAUAGUGUUACAUCUGAAAAUUCCUGUUAUCUCUCACUCACUUUUUAUGUUUAAACGUUGUUAGAGAAUAAAGUGGUUGAAUGGUUCGUUGAAA